AUGGAUCCGAAUUCAGUUAAAUCGACUCUGUCCAACUUAGCAUUUGGAAAUGUUAUGGCAGCUGCAGCUCGUGAUUAUCAGAAGGAAAUUCUGGCUCAUGAGAAGGGACAGACUUCUACCUCUGUUAAUGAGGAGGUUGAUCUUGAUGAGCUGAUGGAUGAUCCUGAGCUGGAAAAAAUGCAUGCAGACAGGAUUGCAGCCCUCAAGAAAGAAGUUGAGAAGAGAGAAUCAUUAAAGAAGCAAGGGCAUGGAGAGUACAGGGAAAUAACUGAAGGAGAUUUUUUGAGUGAAGUCACUGGUAGUGAAAAAGUGAUAUGUCACUUCUACCAUCGUGAGUUCUAUCGCUGCAAGAUAAUGGAUAAGCAUUUGAAGUCCCUUGCGCCAAGGUAUGUGGAUACCAAGUUUAUCAAGCUGGAUGCAGAGAAAUACACAAAAAUGAGAUGCGAAAUGAAGUUCUUAUUGUUGGAAUGAAAUGCAGAAUGCACCUUUCUUUGUUGCCAAACUAGGAAUCAAAACUUUGCCUUGUGUCAUAUUAUUCAGAAAAGGAAUCUCAGUAGACAGGCUGGUUGGUUUUCAAGACUUGGGAGGAAAAGAUGAUUUCAGCUUAAAGACACUGGAGGUUCUUUUGCUGAAGAAAGGAAUUAUUAGUGAAACUAAAAAAGAUGAUGAUGAAGAGGAUGAUCAUCAUGAAAACAGACGCAGGGCAGUGAGAUCAUCUAUAGAUCCUAAUUCUGAUUCAGACUGAGAAGGAAGAGAAAUUCCAGCAGUUGACUGGUAUUGGCAUUGCAUGUGCACUUUCAUUAAUUAUCAUAUCUAUAAAUCUCGGACCCAUGUUCAUGAUCAAAUUUGCAAUUUUUUUCCUGAAAUGAACUAUUUACCCAUGGUAUAACUAUUGAUGAUGGUAG